AGAUAAGCAGUGUACAGUGGUGUACUUUGACGAGUGUGUGUCCAUCCGCCAGUGUAAGCAGUACUGUGAGUCUAUGGGGGGCUCCAAGUACCGCUGGUUCCACAACGCCUGCUGCCAGUGUAUCGGGCCCGAGUGUGUGGACUACGGCAGCAAGAGCGUCCGCUGCCUCAACUGCCUCUACUGACACACACUUUCCAUCCGGUGUGUGUGUGUGUGUGUGUGUGUGUGUUUCAGUGUUUCUGCUGGACUGUGUGUGUCCCUGCAGUGUGUCUCAUUACUGAUGGACUUUGCUGUAGUUGUGUGAGUGUGUGUGUGUGUGUGUGUGUGUGUGUGUCACAGGUGUCCCAGUUUCAGCACAAAGAGCUCAUUUAUGUCCAUCAGCGCUGACUGAAGCUUAUCCAGCACACACACACACACACACACACACACACACAGCAUUCUUCAUUGGUGUUGAACAGAGACUCGCAGGUUUGCAGGAUGGAGAAGUGAGCUGACCUGUCUGUAACAGUAGUGAACGCUUCAGUGACGAUGAUGAGGAUGAUGAUGGUUUGCUGAACUGGCUGAUGAAGAUCUUCCUGUAAAUAAUCCCUCACAGCCUCAAUAAAGGCUUCUCCAGCUUGAUCUUGCACAUGA